UUCAAACAUACCAAACUUUCUCUCUCUCUCUCUUCUCUCUAGCUGUCUAGUUCUCUCUCUACAGAAUAAGCUCAAAAUGGCGAUAAAGAAGUCGAACAAAGCAGCGGUAUCUCAAGCAGCAUCUCUAAAGAAAAUCUUGAAGAGGUGCUCAAGUCUAGGAAAGAAGAAUCAAGGUAAUUGCUACUUCAACGACGUGCCAAAAGGUCAUUUCCCGGUCUAUGUCGGUCAACACCGAAGUCGCUAUGUGGUCCCAAUCUCAUGGCUAGAUCAUCAUGAGUUCCAGACACUCCUACAACUAGCUGAGGAAGAGUUUGGGUUUGAGCACGAGAUGGGUAUCACAAUUCCUUGUGAUGAAGUCGUCUUUCGAUCUCUCAUCUCCAUGUUUAGAUAAAACUCUACAUACAUGUUUAGAGGAGUCGAUCUGAUUAUUAUAGCUCAAUUUGUCAUUCC